AUGGUUAUCUCCCCGGUCCUCAGUCCGAGGCCUAACCCUCCAGGACCAGGCAUGAGGGCUCUUUCAACGAAAACGAAAACGCUCGCGAUUCUCAAUUCCAGCAAUGCGCAGACAGCAACCGCGGCCUCGACGCCUGGAGAUCCAGGACGAGAUCUUGCGGAGCAAAUGAACGAUGAAGUCCGCAAGAGGUUCAUCACAGGCUCCAAACUCGGCGAAGGAACCUAUGCCAUCGUCUACAGCGGCCACUACCGCGAAGAUCCUAGUUCCCUCGUCGCCAUAAAAAAAAUCAAAGUAAACCAAGACUACAAAGACGGCAUCGCCAUGGACGCCAUCCGAGAAAUCAAAUUCCUCUCCGAGCUCGAACAUCCCAACGUCAUAAAACUGCACGCUGUAUUCUCCACCAAAGACCAAAACAUCUCCCUCGUGCUCGAACACCUACCCCUCGGCGACCUCGAGACAUUAUGGAAAACACACACAAUCAGCUACACAUCCGCAGACAUCAAAGCAUGGGCGAACAUGCUAGCGCAAGCCGUAUGGUUCUGCCAUGAAAACUUCAUCCUGCACCGCGACAUUAAGGGCAACAACUUGCUCAUCGCCGCCGACGGCACCGUCAAACUUGCUGAUUUCGGUCUCGCCCGUUCGUUCGCCGACCCCGGACGCAUCAUGACCUACAACGUGAUCACGCGCUUCUACCGUCCCCCGGAACUCCUUCUCGGCGCACGACACUACGGCGGCGGCGUGGACGUCUGGAGUAUGGGCGUCGUCAUCGCCGAGCUCGCGAUCCGAGAAUGGUUUUUACCAUCUGAAACAGACUUUCAGCAAUUGUGUAUUAUCUACGACGUCUUCGGCACCCCGACUGAAGAGACUUGGCCAGGCGUAUCCCAAUUCCAAUUCUACACUGCCCCAGACAAUACACCUGCUCCCAGCCUCACGCUCAAUUCCAGCGCGGCGAACGGCAAUCCCUCACAAAACACUUCUCAACCCGGUCUUAAGCGCGCGCAACCCCUCGGCUAUUGGCGCAACCGUUUCCCGCUUUUAGGCGAAGACGGUAUUGAUUUGAUACGUGGGAUGCUGACGCUCGAUCCCCUCAAACGUCUCUCAGCGCGAGCGGUCCUGGAUCACAGAUACUGGACGAAUGCGCCGCGGCCAACGAAGAAAGAAGAUUUGCCUAGGCAGGGAGGUGGGGAGCAGAAGAUGGGCGAGGAUUUGAAAAGGAGGGGUGGGGAAGUGGACACUGGGCGUGCGGACAAGGUUGCGCGGAGGUUGGAUUUUAGUGCUGUGAGGAAGUAG